AUGCCGUGCCAAAUGCUAAGUAUCCAUGUGGGCCAAUGUGGAAAUCAGUUAGGCCAAAGUUUUUGGAAGAAAAUGUGUGAGGAGCACGGAAUUAAUAGCUACGGACGAAAGACUUGCGAGGAUUUGACUGAUGACAAAGAAGUCUUCUUUUACCAAGCCGAUGACAGUCAUUACAUCCCAAGAGCAGUCCUGAUUGAUUUGGAACCUCGUGUCAUUAAUGGAAUCACACAAAACCCAGACUUCCAUCAUCUCUUCAACACUGACAACAUCUUCAUGUCUCAGCACGGAGGAGGUGCUGGAAAUAAUUGGGCCAGUGGAUAUGUGCAAGGAAACGAAGUUAAUGAGAGAAUAUUGGACAUCAUUGAGCGCGAAGUGGAAAACAGUGAUCGUAUGGAUGGAUUCCUUUUCACUCACUCCGUUUCCGGAGGUACUGGUUCUGGUUUAGGUUCUCAUAUCCUAGAGAACGUGCGUGAUAGAUUCCCGAAAAAGGUCAUCCAAACUUAUUCGGUGUUUGCAAGUCAACAGCAAGAUGAAUCCGCUGGUGAUGUUGUUGUUGCUCCAUACAACUGCGUCCUAUCAAUGGAACGACUUAUUGAACAUGCAGAUGAGGUAAUCGUAUUGGACAAUUCCGCACUCAACAGAUUGGCUGCUGGAAAGUUUCAGACUCAGAAACCUACCUUUGAUCACAUCAAUUCUUUGGUUACUCGAAUCAUGUCAACAUCCACGGCUCCCUUCAGAUUCCAAUCUCCAAUUCUUUCUGACAUUCACUCUCUUCAUAUUAAUCCUUUCCCUCCUCUCAAAUUCAUUCAAGCAGGCUUCUCCCCUGUUGUCGAUCCUGACCAAAAAUUCACUCGCAAGACUUCGGUCAAUGAUAUUAUUCGUUAUCUCCUGAAACCCACAUCUAUGAUGGUUUCCACUGCUCAUCAUUCUAAAUCUUCACAUUGUAUGUUAGCUGGAUUGAUGCUUCUUCAAGGAAAUAUAGAAGGAGAAGCUCUUCAUUCCACGUUCUAUACUGAGCGAUCUGUUGUUCACAACAUCAAUCGCGCUCCUUGGGAUGAUUUGAAUCCUUUGAAAAUCAUGUACUCACCAUCAUCUCCAUAUGUGAAAUCCCAGUUCAAGGUUUCCGGAUUGUUGCUCAAUAAUAGCACAAGUAUCGCACCGAUGUUCAGUAAAAUCCUGGCUCAGUUCAAGAAAUUGAGAAGCAAGAACGCUUUCAUCGAUAGAUUCACGAGAGAGGAAGGAUUUACAGCUGAUAUGAUGGAUCAUAGCGCUGAGCAAGUAUCUGAGCUCAUCGAGCUCUAUCAUGACAUUGAACAAGAGAACUUCUUCUCCUAA